AUGGAUAGCGACUUGUUGAAGAAGUUCAAUGCUGAGCUGGCGACACUGCACGAUUCCCGGAAUUUGAGCAAAAACAAAAUUCAGGAGAUCACCAAUGCAGCCAUCAAAGCACAAAAACAAUAUAAACAUUGCAAACCAGAACAGCGCCUCCAUGUUCUCUAUGUUAUCGAUAAUGUGGUUCGAUCUUCAAAACAUCAACUCAAAGAACGAGACACUUUUGGACCACGCUUCUUGAAACAAUGGGACAAAUUCAUGGAGCCCCUCUUGAAGUGUAGCUGGAGAGAGAAACUGAAAAUUGUUCGUACCCUCAAUUUGUGGUUGUGUAACAGAAUUUUCACCGAAACACAAAUGCAGCCUAUCAGGGAAAAAUGGCAGAAAGCUGGUUUACCCAUAGAUUUCGAGGGAGUCGAAAAAGCAGUAAAAGGGGAUAAAGCUGAUAUGAAUAUAUAUUCCGCUUCGUAUAAAAAGAAAUCAAGAACAUCGGGUGGUCAUCAUCGAUCUCGCACCCCUCCAAACCCUCCUCUAGAUGAGGGACUGCUAGGUGCUGGCCACUCUACCUCUUUCAAAUCGGGACCUGAUAUUCCUAAUUUUGUGCUCUCAGAAGAACUAGUUAAUGGGACUAUAUCAGAACGAGAAAUGUUGGAAAUGAUACAAAAGUUUGAUAUUGAUAGAGCUGGAGUUUUAACCAAGGAUAGGACAUUGUUGCAAGAAGUGCUUCAAACGUUUGUCGGAAGUCUUUCACAGAAGAUAACAGAAGUUCAGUCAGAGAGGAAUAAGGAAAAUGGAAGUAGCAUUGAAAAUGUAUUGACCAAAGAUUUUGAAUAUUCUGAUGAUGAAGAAGAAAAAGAGAAAUAUGCAGAAAAGGAAGAACAGAAGAAUAUGAAUCAUGAUGAGAUUUUAGGAUUGGCUCAAACAAUGCUCACUCAAUCAGCUGUUAUCUCUAAGAUCACAGAAGUUUUAGAAGAAUUCCGAUCGGAUGUCAUUCAAGAACGAUACAAUUUCAUUGAACUUCUGAGAGAAGCCGAGGAGUUUUCGGAAAGGAACCCUUUCGACGUGAUAGAUUUUUCAAAAAAAAUCUGGGAUGCCGCCUCAAUCUGUCUCGCUGUAUAUCUACUUGAACAUUUAAAGAUACGAGUUAGAAAUAAUCGAGCAAUGAGCUAUAUUGUGGAUAUAAUUUGUCUGUUCUUCACAGACGCCAAGGAUUGUGUUGAUUUGAUGAAUUUGUGGGCAGAUGCAGAGAUGUGCCACAAAAACUUCUAUCAUCACAGCUUGAGGUCAACCUCAAAAAGGAGAACACUUAUAUCGUUAAUGAGAGAACUACCACAAAUACUUGAAAAAUCCGAUUUGAGUGGGAUAGAGGGAAGGCUAGGAAGCCACGAAAAGCUGAAACUUAUAAAUAUCGAGCGUGAUACAUGGCUAUUGGGAGGAAAACAGUACGAUUACUGUCGAAACGCUUAUUGA